ACAAAGUCGCCUUUCUUCGGCCUCAUCGAGGGACACUUCCUCUCAUACGACACUAUCAACCAAAGCAAACAACAAUUCCAUGACAUAACAACUUCAACAACAACACAUCAUCAUCAUUCACUAUCAUCCUAACCCCCAACAAAUCCUAACCCCCUUUAUCUUCCAAUUCCUCUCUCUCUAUAUAUUCAUUCACCAUUUUCUCUUCUCUCCCAUAUUCUCUCGUGCCAACACCUUUUACGUGCACACAAUUCAUUUAGGAAUCUUGCACUGAUCAUUCAAUCAACGAAAAGUAGUACCUUGGUUGUUGCUGCCUCUCCUUUCCCCAUUUGUGGGUGAACAUUUGGCGAUUCAUUGUCACAGGAAAGACAUUCUGCAUACUCAUGAGCACAAACCUCAAAAUAUAAUUGAGUGCUAUGGGGAUUCCCAUACGAAGUGGAAAUAUAAAAAGACAAAAUGAAGCAAUGAGGCUCACCCUAGCAACCUUUGUUGGAGUUGUUUUUGGCUUCUCUCUAGGAGUAUCAUUUCCAACACUGGCAUUGACUAGGAUGAACCUUCCAUCCAGCCUUUUACCAUCUAUUGAUCUAACUUAUGUUGAUGACAAUUACUCGAAAAUUUCAACCAAGUCUUUGUGGGAUGCUUGGGCUUCAUUUAGGAGGGAUAGAAGCAUGUACAAGAAGGUUCACAAAUUAAAUGACACAAAGAUUUGGGUUCCUACAAAUCCUCGAGGGGCUGAAAGGCUUCCCCCAAAAAUUGUCAAAUCUGAAUCAGAUUUCUAUCUUCAUCGGUUAUGGGGCAUGCCCUAUCAGGUGGCACUUGCAGGACCUAAGUAUCAAACCGAAGUAUCUUGUAACAUUUACUGUUGGGUCAGAUCAAAAAGACAACAUUGAUGCUGCAGUAAAAAAGUUCUCUGAAAACUUCACCAUAGUGUUGUUUCACUAUGAUGGACGGGCUAGUGAUUGGGAAAAGUUUGAGUGGUCAAAGCGAGCAAUUCAUAUCAGUGCUAGGAAGCAAACUAAAUGGUGGUAUGCUAAACGCUUUCUGCAUCCUGACAUUGUGGCUCCUUAUGACUACAUCUUUAUUUGGGAUGAGGAUCUUGGUGUGGAGCAUUUUGAUGCAGAAGAGUACUUAAAAAUGGUAAGGAAACAUGGUUUGGAGAUCUCACAGCCUGGUAUAGACCCAAGUAGUAGUUUUACAUGGCAGAUGACAAGGAAAAGGGAUAGUGGUGAAGUCCAUAAGAAAGCUGAGGAAAGAAGUGGUUGGUGUUCUGAUCCACAUUUGCCACCAUGUGCUGCAUUUGUUGAGAUCAUGGCUCCUGUAUUUUCCAGAGAUGCAUGGCGUUGUGUGUGGCACAUGAUACAGAACGACCUAGUUCAUGGAUGGGGCCUUGAUUUCGUUCUCAGAAAAUGUGUGGAGCCUCCUCACGAGAAAAUAGGAGUGGUUGACACUCAAUGGGUUGUCCACCAAAGUGUUCCAUCACUUGGGAACCAGGGCCAAGCAGAGAGGGGAAGGGCACCGUGGGAAGGGGUGAGAGAGAGGUGUAAUAAAGAAUGGACAAUAUUCCAAGAGCGUAUGGCUGAAGCUGAGAGGGACUAUUUUCAAACAAGGGAAGCUAUUCCCCUUAACUCCACAGGGCAGUGAUUAUGCGAAAAAAAAAAAAGCGUUUACAAUAACCCCGUAAAUGUAGCUUGAGCAGUAAUAGUUAGAUUCUUGUUUCAACAUUGGAUGUCCUUUGGAUUGAUCAUAUUUUAGUAUUAGAUACAUCGGAUUUUUUUCCCUUUUUUUUUUUUUUUCUGAAUCCCUGUUUUUAUAUAUGGGUUAUUAUAAUGGUAUGCUUACUUUCUCUGGCA